AUGGCUUCAAUUAGUUUUUCAGCUCUACUAUCUUCAGUGUUUACAUGGGAGAACUACGAUUUUUGGGCUGCAAAGAUAAAGGUUUACUUGAAAGCAUAUGAUCUGUGGGAGUUCACAGAAGCAGGUAUUGAACCACCUCCUCUAAGGACAAAUCCUACUAUUGCUCAAUUGAAGCAAUAUAGUGAGGAGGUUGCAAAAAAGAUUAUGACUUGUGAGACAGCAAAGGAAGCUUGGGACAUAUUGCAAGAAGAGUUUAGAGGCAAUGCAAGAAAAAGGCAAAUGCAAGUUUUAAAUCUAAGAAGGGAGUAUGAAACCUUGAAGAUGAAAGACUCAGAAUCUGUCAAAGAAUAUUUUGAUAGGCUGAUGAAAGUGGUGAAUCAAAUAAGGCUGUUGGGAGGUAACUUACUUGACAGGAGAGUUGUGGAGAAGGUGCUGAUCAGUUUGCCAGAAAAAUUUGAGGCAAAAAUCUCUUCUCUUGAAGACUUUAGAGACUUGCCUUCUAUAACCUUGUUUGAGUUGGUUAAUGCCUUGCAAGCUAUUGAGCAAAGGAGGCUAAUGAGACAGGAAGAAUAG